UGUUUUUAGGCCAUAGCUGAUGUUAAACUUUGCUAGUUCUCAUAUUGCUCCCUAAGUAUUAGAUCAUUCAGAAGGUGCUAGCUUAUUCAAUUGGUAAGGGCUUUCCAUGGGAAUCUCUGCAAAGAUUUUGGUUCAGAACUUGCGAAACUGCCUACAUCAAGUUCUACAUAUGUAUUUUUGAUGAAGUAAAUUAUUGGUAUAAUGGGAGGGUAAUCAUGAGAAACGAUUACUGAGCUGGCAUCAAAUACCUUGAAAAAAUAUAUAUCAUAUUUUGCUUUUCAUCCGUAAUGCCAGAUUAUCUUAAACUUUGAGAUAAGUGUCAUAAAUACAGAAAUUGCCUGUAAAGAUCACAGUAGAUGUCUACUCUCAUAAUGCCACACUUUUCUUCUGUUACAUUAAAUACACAUCCCUUUCCUCAUUUCCUCCUCUCUCAGAUCUGAAGACAGCUUCCAUGCAUUAUUGCUGGUCCAAAUACUUCAGGUGUCAGAAGAAAGAUUUAAUAGUUGCAGUCAAGGAAUUCCAAUCAUAUUUAGUACAUUGGAUGCAUAGGAUACAACUUCCAAUGGGAGAGUGAAGCAAUCAACAGAUCCACGGAGGCACCGGAGGAGGAUUGAAGGAGAAGCUAAUGGCAGCUUGAAUUUCUCAAGGAUACGCCACAACGAACCAGCAAUUUCACAUAUGGGAUCUGACUACAAAAAUUUGUCAAUUACUAUAGAAAGGACAGGAUAUAAAAUGCAAUCCUCAACAAAGAGCAGAAUGGAUGAUCUUUUAUCUGCUGAGGUUGGAAAGCAUGAUUAUGAUUGGCUCCUUACUCCUCCUGAAACCCCUCUAUGUCCCUUCUCAGACGCUGGCAUCAUCCAAACUACCAAAGCAGCAACAAGUAGCAAAGCUAAUGCUAGAUCAGUUUCUACUGGAAAAGCUUCAAGAUUAUCUCUGUCACAAUCAGAGAGAGAGAGUUCUGCUAAGCCAACGAGAAGCAGCUCUACAUCAAGGUCUGCUGUAUCCAGCACUCUAUCAUCCUCCACAUACUUGUCAAACAGCACCAGGACAGCAAUCCUCAACACUAGCACAGCCUCGGUCACCUCCAAAGUUUUAAACCCCGGCUAUCGCUCCGCUUCCAGAUCACGGCCAUCUACCCCCUCCAAGACUCCAGUUACCCCGCCAAAACAGCUGCAGAACACUAUGCCUUGCACACCAGCUGCUCGACCAAAUUCCCGGCCUUCAACCCCAAUCCAUCGCGGAACAACGGCAGCCUCGCUUCCAGCCAUGACCCGAUCCGCAUCCGUCAGCCACGCUCCCGCCGCAAAUCACCGAUCCAACGGCGCUUCGAGCCGUCCGAGCUCCCCAGCGCCGCGAGGCCGAGCUAAAACGCCGACACCUGCUUCGCCGCGACAGGGAACGGCAUCGACGGCUCGUACCGGUUCGAACUCACCGAGCGUCGCUCCAGUGUCGAGCUCGAUUCGCAAGCAGUCAUCCUCGCCGAUCGUAGCCAGAGGCAGGCAUCAAGAUAACUCACCGAGUGCUCAUUCGAGCGACAAAUCGAAAGAGGGGAAGGCGGUCGCUAACAAGGAGGAGAAGCCGACGGCAGAAGAAUCUGCGAGCCGGAGGCCCAUCAAGCAUUUGUUAGCAGAGAUCAAGCAAAGCAUGGGCGGCCUCCGAGCGGCCUCGCUCUUCCCCCAAAGCAUUCGCUCCGCCGUCCAAAGAAGCAGAUCCAAUGGUUCACCGGAGCUGCCAAUUCCAGGCCCGGAGGAAGUAACUCACCGCCAUGGCAAUGGAGGAGCCUAG